AGGUGCCCGAGAGCGACUCGGACAGGUCCGACACCACCAGUACUUGCGGUGAGGGGGCGGAGGCGUUGAUAGCGGUGUGGUUCGAUUGCCUGAGCCCGACCUACCGCGUCGCGAACGUGUCCACGGGGUUCCAGGCGUCCAUCGGGUUCUGCGGGAGGGACGACGGCCACCUGCUCCAGUGGAUUCCCACCAACAAGCGGGAGCGCUUCAUCCAAUGGGUCCAGACGAUGCGCUUCGGAAUGCCUGGCGUGGAGGCCGCGCCAGUGUACACAGGACUCCGCAUCUGCCCGACGUUCCUUCGCCGCUGCAAGAUGGCAGUCGUUGUCAAGGCGAGGCUGGACACGGCCCAGCCCCUCGGGAGCGGGGGAGGCGAGGCGCCUCGGUGCCCGAACGGCUGCGUCAUGGAGAAGUCCGACAAGACCGCCCGCGCGGGCACGCACUACACCUGCGGCAGCUGCGGCGGCUGCUCGAGCAGUGGGCACCUGGAGGGCACCGUGGAGCGCUGGCAUUGCGCGGCGUGCAACCACGACGAGUGCUUCGCGUGCCAGGCCGAGACGCAGGACAUCGUUCGGCUCCUCAUCGAGAGCCCCACGUGGACGUGGCUCUCGCGGGGCGACUCGCGGCCGCGGGGGAGGCCCCCGCUGCCGGGAGAUACCCGGGGCACCCCGCACGGCAGCGCCUCCGGCGCCGGCGGGCGCUUGCGCCCGCCCACCACGAGCUUGUGAGCGCCAAGCAGGAAUCGCACUGGAAGCCCAGCUGGUGAGGGAUGGCGCAGCCGGUCUGGGCAUCCCGAGUGGGCUCCGAGUGCGGUGCGGUCUCGUCGUGUCGACCGGCGUCGGCCCCGCCGCCGGCCUUCAGCGUGGAACGCCGCUGACGGCCCAGAGUCCGGUCGAUGUUGAACGAUCUGACGUUUCGGACACGGCCGAUGGUUCAAGGUUAAAGGGUUUUCGCGGUGUUAGAAGCCAACGCCGAAGUGAGCACGACACGAAUUUGCCGUAGAUCGGGCCCCCUCAUAAACCCCAUGUUGGCCGCCCCCUCGUGGGCGCCCCAGAGUGGGCCUCGGAGGAGAUCCCUGCCUCCCUCGGCCCACGGCGUCGCUGUAAGGAGCUAUAUGCCGUGCCUCCCCUCCUCGCUGCGCGUCCCAGGGACCACAAGUGCAGGGGGAGGGGGGAAGGGCUUCUCAGAACCAUCCCUUCCCCCUGGGUGGAGGAGGGAAGGCUUCACCCCUGGUUCUCCGAAGGCGCGGGCCUUAUCUAUAGGUGUAAGGCACGCGCCUACUCACCAGCAGCCUCCUUCUGAGACACUCCCCCCGUCCCCCUCCCCUUCUGUGCGCGCCGCCAGAAUUUGCUGCGCCGUGUCUUCCCUCCUCUCCUGCGCCUUCUCUUCGAAUCUAUAGAUUUUCGUUGAGAGAGUCAGUGCUCUCCUGGUCCUCUCCUGCCCUCCCCGAUCCAUCCCCUCUUCUCUCGCCGCCCUUCUCUUUGGGGAUUGCCCCCACCUCUUCCCCGCGUUGUCUUGUGACAACCCGGCACGCCCGGCCCUCGUCAGCACGGCAGCCGAUUGAGCGGGCAGGCGGCGUGCGCCCCUGCGGUUAAUACGUGAGCACCGCCAGUCCCCGGCCGCUCGCGGUUCCGACGCGCAGGAGUAUGCGCUAUCAUGAUCCCCAGGCGGAGCUUUGCGGCGGAGCCUCGGAGGCCCACGUCGGCACCUAGGGCCCCCUGCGAAGCGGGAGCCCCUGUUAUUAGACCUGGCGUGUGGCAGAGUGUUGUUGUCCUACCGUUCGGCGCUGGUCAGAACGUUUGCUUGUAAUGUGUCCCCUUCUGACAGAUGUCUGUGUGUCUCUCUCUCUCUCUCUCUCUGUGAGAUCUAUGUAUCUCUCU